CUCCUCACAUCUGCCUCCUCCUCCUCCUCUCGCUUUUCUUCCGGAAUCGAAACUCAUAAAUGAAUCAUGAUUAAAUAAGCCAUUCCGGCACUCAGAGACUCAGGGUCGGUGGAGAGAGAAAAAGCAUUUUACUUCGUAACCAAAAUAAGCUAAACUUCAAAAAGCCAAGUUCCCUCUCCUUCUCUCCCAUAGCUUUCAUCUCAAUACAAGCAUUUUACUUGAACGGAGCCGCCGGUUGCCGCCGUGAUUUUCAGAUUCCGGUGAAUCUAAGACCGCAUUUCACGUGAUGUUAGGUUCUGUUUAGUAAGUAUCUCUCUCUCCCUCUCUCUCUCUCUCUCUCUCUGUUCCUCUCUAAUCUAGCCUCUGCUUCUUACCGUACGGGAAACGGCAGCGUUUCCUUGGCAUUGUCCGUUUAUAGGGAGAGCUGAGGAGCACCUUUUAGUUUCACUGAUUCUGGCGGACUUCUUCGAUCUCUAUUUUUUUAGAAGACUUUAAUACUGUUACAGAAAUGUAUUGAAAUGAAUGGGAUUCAGCAAAGGAAAGGUGUUGAAAUGAAUGGGAUUCAACAGAGGAAAGGUCAGAAUAUUGAAAAAUUUUCAGGAUGCCUGGGCAGGAUGGUAAACCUGUUUGAUUUGAACUCGGGUGUUCCUGGAAACCGCCUGCUUACUGAUAAACCACAACAUGAUGGGUCCUCACACUCGAGGAGUCAAUCUGAUGUUGUAAGGAUGUUAAGUCCCGCCUUUGGAGAUCCAAUAGAGGAUAAAGUGAUGGUAUCUGAGUUAAGGAGAACUUUGUCAAGCAAGAAAGGUAAUGUAACACCCAUGAAGAUGCUCCUGGCCCAAGAAAUGUCAAAAGAUGUGGAGUCUAAGCGUAAUCCACCCAGUGUGGUUGCUAAGUUGAUGGGACUUGAUACGCUACCAAGGCAGCAGCAUAAUUCAUCUCCACAAAGAUGCCGUUUCAAUGGUUCUUCUCAACAUUCUUUGUGUCAUUCUGAGGUACCAGUGGAAAGCUGGGGGCAAGAUCAAAGUUUUCCAGAGGAGCAAAUGCAAUGCGAAGCAAGACCUUGUGAAGUGCCAAACAAAUUCAAAGAUGUCUAUGAAAUCUGGCAACAACAUCCAAGAACAACCUAUUCAAGAGAUAGCUCUGCACAAAAAGGGAGGUAUAUUCAUAAUGCAAAUGAGAAUAAAAUGGCUGUAGUUCGUCAGAAAUUUAUGGAAGUGAAACAUCUGGUUACAGAUGAAAAGCUUCGCCAUACCAAGGAGUUUCAAGAUGCAGUGGAAGUUUUGAGUUCCAAUAGAGAGUUAUUUCUCAAGUUAUUGGAAGAGCCGAAUUCCACCUUCUCUCAACAUCUCAACAAUUUCCGGAGUUUUUCUCUACCUCCUCAGACAAAGCGUAUUACUGUUCUUAGACCUUCUAAGAUGGUUGACAGAGAACAAUUUGCUGGAACAGGUGACAAGGGUGGUAAGCAGGCCAAGAAGCCAAUGCAGACAGGUCAAGUAACUGGAUGGGGUAGAAAUAACACUGCAUCUUCUCCUUUCCCCAGUCCAAAAGUUGAUGAAUAUUCUUCCCAACCAACUAGAAUAGUGGUAUUGAAGCCCAGUCCUGGGAAGACUCAGGACAUUAUCAGAACUCUAGAAUCUUCAUCUUCCCCUUCACCUAGGAUAUUAUUUGGUGGAGAUUUCUGUGAGGAACCUGAAGAAGAUGAUGCACAAGAAUAUAAAGAAGUGGCGAAGGAAAUCACUAGGCAGAUGCGUGAAAACAUGAUGGGUCACAUGAGGGAUGAAACAUUUUUUUCUUACGUGUUUUCCAAUGGUUACACAGGUGAUGAUAGUUCAUAUAAUAGAUCUGAAAAUGAGUAUGCUGCGGAAAACCUCAGUGAUUCAGAGGUCAUGUCACCAACUUCUAGACAUUCAUGGGAUUACAUAAAUAGGUUUGCUAGUCCUUAUUCUUCCUCUCCCUUCAGUCGUGCAUCAUAUACUCCCGAGUCCUCGGUUUGUAGGGAAGCAAAGAAGCGGCUAUCAGAGAGAUGGGCUAUGAUGACAUCAAAUGGGAGUUCUCAAGAACGAAGCCAUGGCAGAAGAAGCUCAAGCACAUUGGGUGAGAUGCUUGCCCUUUCUGAUACAAAGAAGUUGGUCAGAUCGGAAGGAGAGGGAAGUAGUAAGGAACAAGAAGCUAGAGGAUCAACUUCCUGCAUAGCUAGUAAUUUUUAUAAAGAAGAAAGUACAAGUGAUUCUCCCAAGAAUAUUCUGGGGUCAAAAUCUUUGCCUGGGUCUUCCACGACGUAUGAUGUCAGGCUUAAUGUUGAAGUUUCAGAUCCUGAAGAUAGCAAAGAAAAAAUUCCCAAAGAACUUAUGAAGGCAAAGAGUAUGAAGUCAUCUUUAAAGGGGAAGGUUUCAAGUUUACUUUUCUCGAAGAAUAAGAAAACAAAUAAAGAAAAAUAUAGUGAAUCUCAACCUACAGAUGAAUCUCCAUCUCUGACUCCUGGAACACCAGGGUCACCCUUAAUUCACUCUCGAAAUUUAAGCAAUGAUGCAUCUCAAUGUUCAAAUGAAAGCUACAUCCAGGAGUGUUUAUCUCCUGUUCUGGGUGGAUCCGCAAGUAAAACUCCUUUACCAGAUUUGAUUGGCACGGGACAGAAACAAGGGAUUAUCACUGUGGAGGGAUGUUUUUCUGUAGAAAAACCUUUGUUGCCUUCCCAUAUAAGUGAGAAUAAGGAACAACCUAGCCCUAUCUCGGUUUUAGAACCUCCGUUUGAUGAGGAUGAGAACACAAUUUCAGAGUCCUCAGGUGGUAUUAAACCAGUGCACCUAGGAGUGGGAGUGCCACUUAGGUCUAACUUGAUUGACAAGUCACCUCCUAUAGAAUCAAUUGCCCGCACCCUCUCAUGGGAUAAUUCUUGCUCGGACGCAACAUUGUUAUACCCUUCAAAACUCUCUUCAGUUUCCCCGAGCACCAAUGAGCAAGAACGGGAUUGGAUUUUAUUUGUCCAAUUACUAUUAUCAGCUGCUGGUCUGAACAGUGAGGAGGUGCAUUUUGACUCAUUUAUUGCCAGGUGGCAUUCGCCUGAAAGCCCAUUGGACCCAUGCUUGAGAGAUAAAUAUGCUGAUUUGAAUGACAAGGAGCCUCUGCAUAGGGCUAGGCGAGGACAGUGGAGGUCAAACAGGAAGCUCGUGUUUGACUGUGUCAAUGCAGCAUUACUAGAACUCACGGGCUAUGGAUCUGACAGUUGCAAGAGAGCUAUGUCAAUUGGAAGGGCCCAGAUGAAAGCCAAGGAGGGUGCAUCACCCAUGCUGGUUGACCAUGUAUGGGCCCAAAUGAAGGAAUGGUUUUCCGGCGAGGUGAAAUGUUUGGUGUGGGACGAUAGGGACAGCGAAAGCCUUGUGGUGGAAAAAGUGGUGCAGAAAGAAGUAGUGGGCAAAGGGUGGCUUGAUAAUAUGAAAUUGGAAACAGACAACUUGGGAAGAGAAAUAGAAUGGAGGUUGCUAGAAGAACUUGUGGAAGAUGCAGUCAUUGAUUUAACCGGUAAGUCCUGAGUUUUUUUUUGGGGUUCAGUUACCUCCCCUUCCACCAUCAGACUAUUAACUAUAUAUUAUUUGUGAAUUUGAUUUUGAAGAAUGACACGAUCUUAACCA